AUGGAGAUGGAGGCAAAGAAGCCUUACGUGAUCGCCAUCGUCGUCCAGCUCAUCUACACCGGCAUGUUCGUCGUCUCCAAGGCGGCCUUCAACCAUGGCAUGAACACCUACGUCUUCAUCUUCUACCGCCAGGCCGCCGCGUCGCUCCUCCUCCUUCCUAUAGCUUUUGUUCUCGAAAGGAAAAAUGUGAGAACCCUGUUGCCUUGGCUGCUCCUCAAGCUCUUCUUCUUAGCCUUAAUCGGGAUCACAUUCAGCCUAAACCUGUACAACGUGAGUCUCAAGUUCACGUCGGCAACCGUGGCGUCCGCGGCGACCAACGCCAUGCCAGUCGUCACCUUCUGCUUCGCGCUGCUACUGAAGAUGGAGGCGGUGAAGCUGAGGAGCUCAUCAGGCCUAGCCAAGCUCGCCGGCGUGUCGCUCUGCCUCGCCGGAGUCUUCACCAUCGCCUUCUACGUCGGGCCCGCGCUGAGCCCCGUGAACCGCCACCGCGCCUUCGCCUCCUCCGCCAGUCCAGCUCCGAGCGGCGCCGAUGUUGUUGUUACGCGCAGCGCAUGGGUGAAAUGGACAUUCCUCAUGGUCCUCGCCAACACGGCGUGGUCUCUCUGGAUCGUCCUCCAGGCUGCGGUGCUCAAGGAGUAUCCGGACAAGAUCCUUGUGACGGCGGCGCAGUGCGUCUUCAGCACGGUGCAGUCAUUUGUCGUCGCAUUUGUGGCUGAGAGGGACUUCUCCAAGUGGAAGCUCCGCUUCGAUGUUGGCUUGCUCGCCAUUUUCUACUCUGGGUUUGUAGUAAUGGGAAUCUCCUACUAUCUGCAAGCUUGGUGUGUGGAGAUGAAAGGCCCCGUCUUUCUCGCCGCAUGGACUCCACUCUGCUUCAUCUUCACAAUAUUCCGGUCCUCUUUCUUCUUGGGAGAGAUCGUCCACCUCGGCAGCAUUGUUGGUGGAAUCUUGCUGGUUGGCGGCCUGUAUAGUGUAUUGUGGGGUAAAAGCAAGGAGGCCAACAUUGACCCGUGCAGAGAGGUGAAUAGAAUCAGUGAUCCACAAGACCAUGUAGAGAUCGAUAUACGAAGAAGAAGAACAAGCAAGGGGAUGAGAAGAGGACAGAAGAGGCAACGUUAG